CACAGGACUGUGCUAAAGGUUGUGUUAACGUUUUCACAGCAAUGUAUAGGCUGCAAUUUCUUUUCAGUCGUCAGUAUAAUGGGAGUUUUGUGACUGCAGUCACUGACUUAUUGCGCAGUCACGCGUCCCUCCCACUGCCCACAGUCUGUUCUGUAUAAAUGAGACGUGCACAACUUCUACUUUCAAGAGAAGAAGAACAGUCCCGGGACUUUCACUUCUGAUUUUUAGUAGUUUUUUUUUGUUCCAGUUGUUUUUGCCUCUUUUUAACUUUCGCUUUUUUUUCUCCAACACGCUGAGAGUGUGUGUGAGCUUCCGUCACUGCGGGAGGAAGAUCAGAUAAUAAACAAUCAUGGGGGGAGAGCAAAGAGGAAGACACUUACCAUAAGAAGAGCGAACAUCGUCAGCCAUGGCCGCCAUCAGCAGCUCGAACACAGUUUUCGCCUUGGAGCUGCUCCGUACUCUGAGCCAAGCGGACCCCACUGGGAAUAUCUUCGUGUCUCCGCUGAGCAUCAGCUCAGCUCUGGCCAUGGUCUACCUGGGAGCUAGAGGAGACACUGCUGCUCAGAUGGCACAGGCCCUGUCAUUCAGCUCAGGUGAAGGAGUCCACGCAGACUUCCAGACCCUAAUCGCUGACAUCAACUCACCAUCUGCAUCCUACAUCCUGAAAACAGCCAACCGUCUUUAUGGAGAUAAUACGGCCAACUUCCUCACACAAUUCCUUGCAGCCACACAGAAGCACUACCAGGCCGACCUGAAGGCGGUUGACUUCAUCGGUUCUCCAGAGGCGUGCAGAGGGGAGAUCAACAGCUGGGUCGAGCAGCAGACAGAAAAUAAGAUUAAAGAUCUUCUGAAGCCGGGAACAGUCAGCACAAUGACACGACUGGCUCUGGUCAACGCUAUCUACUUCAAGGGAAACUGGAUGAAUCGCUUUGAUGAAGCAAACACCAAAGAGAUGCCCUUUAAAGUCAACCAGAAUGAAACCAAGCCGGUCAUGAUGAUGUACCAGAUGAAGAAGCUUCCCUACAACUACAUCCCAGACCACAGUGUGCAGAUCCUGGAGCUGCCGUACAUGGAGGAAGAUCUCAGCAUGUUCAUUCUGUUGCCUGAUGAGUCCGAAGACGGCUCCAACCCUCUGCUGAAGCUGGAGAAUGAGCUGACACAGGAGAGGCUGGAUGAAUGGACCAACAGGGAAAACAUGGACGUCCACUCAGAAGUCAUCAUUCACCUGCCAAAGUUCAAGCUGGAGGAAGACUACGAGCUGAACGAGCCUCUGGCUAAACUGGGCAUGACGGACGUGUUCUGCUCAGCGAAGGCCGACCUGUCUGGCAUGAACGGCAAAGGUGGACUCUUCCUGUCCACGGUGGCACACAAAGCGUUCGUGGAGGUGAACGAGGAGGGCACAGAGGCGGCUGCAGCCACGGCUGGCAUGGUAGCAUUCUGUAUGUUGAGGGAGGAACACUUCACAGCAGACCAUCCCUUCCUCUUCUUCAUCAGACACAACACGACCAAGUCCAUCCUCUUCCUCGGAAGGUUCUCGUCUCCUCAGUAGACAGAACCAGCAGAGGAAGAUGUUGGGCCACUUCAAAUAAAAAAACAUCCUUUACCUUAUCUUCUGUGAUGUUUUGCUAAUUAAACUGUAUUUUUAUCUGUUUUUGCGCUGGAAUUAUAGAUGUAGCUAUUAAUUAAUGAUGAGGGUUGAUUGUUUGUGAAUCAAUUAAUGAUUUGUAAUUUUGGUUUUAAAAUUGGAAUGAGUCUAAGGGAUAGGCCACUUAUGUAAUAUUUUGCCUUUGUUAGUAAAAAAUAAAGUGAAUACAUUGUAAAAAUGGA